GGCGCGUCUCAGGUUGGCAGCUUCUAGCCGAGCCGGCGGCGACGGCUGCGGUGGCCAGAGCCAGAUGCUCGCGGACUCCGUUCGGCCCCAGCCGUUCUUCUUGUCCGCGCAGCGCCAGCUUCCUCGCCCGAGAGGGAGACCCGGCGGCGCUCUGCCCGAGGACCCUGGUGUCUCAGCCUCAGGGUUCCUCCGGUGAAAGCCAAGCGCUCCCAGGUGAAGCCAGCAUCCCAGAGCGGUCCCGGAACGCCCGCCGCCAGAUCGCACCUCUUGGGAACCUCGACCGCUGAGCCUUUUCCAGCGCCUGCACCGCGGGGCGCGCGGGGAGAGUGGGGUCCACAGCCGGGGAAGGGGGGACCAGGACAUCGAUGAUGGAUGCACGGACCUGGCGCGUGGGCUGUCGCUGUCUCCUCCUUCUGGCUCUCGUCGGGUCUACCCGAAGCGAGGGCGUGCAGAGCUGCGAAGAAGUUCGGAAAGUUUUCCAGUGGCGCCUCGCGGGAGCUGUCAAGGGGCUGCCGGAUUCGCCGCGGCCAGGACCUGAUCUUCAGGUUUGCACAUCCAAAAAACCUACAUGUUGCACCAGGAAGAUGGAGGAGAGAUAUCAGAUUGCAGCUCGCCAAGAUAUGCAGCGGGUGCUUCAAACAUCCAGCUCUACAUUAAAGUUUCUAAUAUCUCGAAACGCAGCUGCUUUUCAAGAGACCCUUGAAACUCUCAUCAGACAAGCAGAAAAUUACACCAGCAUACUUUUUUGCAACACCUACAGGAACAUGGCCUUAGAGGCUGCUGCUUCAAUUCAGGAGUUCUUCACUGAUGUAGGGCUCUAUUUAUUUGGUGCGGAUGUUAAUCCUGAAGAAUUUGUAAACAGAUUCUUUGACAGUCUUUUCCCUCUAGUCUACAAUCAUCUCAUUAACCCUGGUGUGACUGAAAGCAGCCUGGAAUACUCAGAAUGCAUCCGGAUGGCCCGCAGGGACGUUAGUCCAUUUGGUAAUAUUCCCCAAAGAGUGAUGGGGCAAAUGGGGAGGUCGCUGCUGCCCAGCCGCACAUUUCUGCAGGCACUGAAUCUGGGCAUUGAAGUCAUCAAUACCACAGACCACCUGUAUUUCUCCAAAGAGUGCGGCAGAGUCCUUCUGAGGAUGGAGUACUGCCCUCACUGCCAGGGCCUGACUCUCAGUAAGCCUUGUAUGGGGUACUGUCUCAACGUCAUGAGAGGCUGCUUGGCACACGUGGCAGAGCUUAAUCCACACUGGCAUGCGUACAUCCGGUCGUUGGAAGAGCUGUCAGAUGCCAUGCAUGGAACAUAUGACAUUGAACACGUGCUCUUGAACUUCCACUUGCUUGUUAAUGAUGCUGUGAUGCAGGCUCACGUUGAUGGACAAAACUUAUCGGCACGGGUAAAUAAGAUUUGUGGCCGUCCAAUCAGAUCACCCACACAAAGCCCCCGCUGUUCUUUUGAUGGGAUCAAAGAGAAGCAUGGAAUGAAGAUCUCUGCAAGAAAUGGUGAAGAGACACUUGCCAACAGAAGAAAGGAAUUUAUCAACAGCCUUCGACUGUACAGGACAUUCUAUGGGGGCCUGGCUGAUCAGCUUUGUGUGAAUGAAUUGGCCGCUGCUGAUGGACUGCCCUGCUGGAAUGGAGAAGAUAUAGUAAAAAGCUAUACUCAGCGUGUGGUUGGAAAUGGAAUCAAAGCCCAAUCUGGAAAUCCUGAAAUCAAAGUCAAAGGAAGUGAUCCUGUGAUAAAUCAGAUUAUUGAUAAACUGAAGCAUGUUAUUCAGAAAUAAAGAGUUAUGACUCCAGAUUCAGCCCACCAAGUGACCAUGACAAUGAAGGAAAACAUGCACACUCGACAAUAAUUGUGAAAUUCCUGAAUGUUGAAGAGAAGAUAUUAAAAUCUUCUGGGAAAAGAAACCAAAUAAACAAAUUCAUACAAAUGCAUACAAAGAAUGAGGAUCAGAUUUGUAGUUGCUUAUCUACAAGAUAAUAGAAGACGUUGGAAAAACAAUACCUUCAAAUGAUGAGGCAACUGAUUUCUGACCUGAAAUUCUAUACCCAGCUAAAUUAGCAAUCAAAUAUGGGAUAGAGAUAUUUUCAGAUAGGUAAGGAUAUACAAAUUAUAAAUUUGUACAAAGCUGCUGACAAAAGGAGUAAUCGAGAAACAAGAUAUGGGGUCCAGGUAACAUGAUAUUGAGUAUGCCAGAAUAGAGAAAAGGAUGACUGUUUGUGGGAGGGAACUUUGGAAGCCAAAAGAAAAAAAAUCAAAAAAGUGAUGUGUUGGAAUAUAUGGAAAAGAUACUAAGCAUUUGACAUAUCUGCUAGAGUAUUUGAGGGAAAAAUGAGAUAGAUACAUAGAAAGAUGUGAUAGAUACAAUGCAAACUAUGCAAAUAUGUAGAUACCGUGGCAAUUAUAGAUUAUAGGAAAGCAAAGAGCUUUACAGGAAAGAAAUAUAAUCAUAGUGUACUGUCACCCUGAUGUGAAUAAUAUAUUUGUAAACCCAACUAUUAUUUUGAUCAAACUUUGCUAAAACUAUAUUAGUUGAAUGAGAAAAAAGAAAGUCGGACGUGGUGGUACAACAGAAAAUCAGUAAAUAGUGCCCAGAAUUAUCAAGAAACAGGAAAACUGCCUAUUUAAUAAAAGUUAUUUAGAUAUAUAAGGUUAAUGCCAGAACAAUCAAUCAGGUUGAUUAUUACUGCCUACAGGAGCAAGAAACAUGAUAUAUAAAAUGCUUGGGCAUAGGAAUGCUUUUUGUUUUUACCAUAAAACUUUCGUACUAAAUUUUUUACUAGGUAUAUUUAUUACUCUGAAAAGUAUAAAUAUAAUUUUAAAAACUAAAGACAAACUCUCUAUCAUGAUUUAUAUGGACCUUGCAUAACCUGGUCUUCUAUGUCUCCAGUCUCCUUAGCUAAUUCUUCCCCUUUUUUACACAAACUCGACAUAUAUUCUCCCCAUAUACACAGUCCUCAAUGUUUCAAUCCUUUCAAUAUUCCAGCCUUUUCUUACUUCUAAGUCUUCCAGUCUCACUUUAAAAAAAAAACAACAAAUUAUUAUUAUUUUUACUUGGGAAAAAACAACUGUAUCUUUUUCUCUGAAACUCAUAGUCAUCCAUUAUGUCUCAGUUUCUCCUAACAAAGGACAUGUGCACUCUUACAUUCUUCUGGGCACUCUGUAACUAACUUAUGAGAGCGCUUCUCUAGAGCAGAAAAAUCAAGGAAGUAAAUAGCCAAGGUAUUGGAUAAUAUCCACAGUGGACUCUCCCUGUACCCAUUUUCUGUACCCAAAUAUCUUAGUUUGCUGUUCUUCAUUAUUUCUGAUCCUAAACUUUAUCUUCCUAUUCUCUAUCUGAUUUUAGUGUUUUGAGCCAUAUCUUACAAACUUGGCUAGUUUUUCAGUUUGAGCUUGGCUUAUCUUUUUGCUCUGAUUAAACGCUCCAGAGAAACCCCUCCUCUAGCUUUUUCUGUAUAUUUAUUCACGUUCAUAAUUCUACCACCUUCAUUGAAUUCUGGGUUCCUAGGGUCAUGGUAAUUCAUAGGGUUUCCCAAUCAAACAGCCUCUCUUUUCUCUUCUUGUUAUUCAAAGUUUUCUGAGCCACAUGCAGUCCUCUCCAAGCAACUGUCAUAAUUUGACUUCAAAUACCCCAAAGUUGGGCAUGCCAAAAAGAAUUCACCUAAUGAGCAUUUGUAGUACUCCUUUGCCAUAUGUAGUUUUUGACUGGCUCAUGCAUAUUCUCAGUUUUCUGCAGGUAUAUUACAAGUCCAUAAUGCUUUGCAGACUCAAUAAAUGUACUCUGUAAUCACUUGAAUGUCAUUUUAUGAACGUGCUUUGAAGAUGUAAUUCAUCAGAGCAGAGCAGUUUCUGGAUAUAUUUCUUGCAGUUCAGCAGCACUUAACCAGAUGGCCCCCUAUAGUUUUGAAGGAGUUAAUGCACCUUGAAAGUAGGCUGACUUAUGAGAGGAAUAUAGUCAUGGGGGAUCAAUGGGAAAAGUUUCUUAGGUAUAGGAUUUUGAAGAAGUGAAAUAAAUACUAUAUAAAGAUUCAUUAAAAACUAAACUAAGUAAAAGUUCUAUAAUAAAAUUAAAAUAUGAAUUAUAAUAACCUUAAGAAAUGUGAUGUCUUAUGACUAUAAGUUCUACCCUUAUUAUGUAUUUCACAUUGACGUGAUGGAUCUUAAUCAGUUUCAUUAGAAAUAAAACAAAUCAUGAGUUUUAUAGUAAUGAGUUUGAAUAGGCAUUUAUGUAUCUUUUUACAAAGCAGGUCAGUUAUUAUUUCUGAAAAAUGAUCAUUUUGAAAUUUUAUAUCUGGAAAUAUAUUAUCAAACCAGGCCUGAAACUCGUUAAACAGAUGGUAAAAUCUAAUUUAACUUCCUUUAAUGCUCUUUUC